CAAUUUUUGGUCGCAGCAAAGCACCAUACGUGAUCCUGGUGACCCUUAUAGGCUGCCCAGCUUGUGCCUUCAUCGCUUUCUACCAUCGCUUUGAUGUGUUUGGCAACUUCACAAUGGCCACGGUCACCGCCUUCUUCUGCAUCGGCCUUCAGAUUUGCACUUGCGAUCUUCUCCUAGAGGCAGCAGUUGCAGAACGAAUCCGAAAGUCUCCGAAGAAAGGGCCCAGUCUCAUGGCCUUCAUGACAGGAGGACAAACCGUUGGAGAAGCCUUGGCGAUUGGUACCAUUGGAUGGGUCUUGGAAUACUUGGGGCCUCGAGGCCCCUGCCUCUUGGCGUUGCCUUUGACGUGGUUGGCAUUUGUUCCUGCUGUUGGCAACUGGCUUGGUGAGUCAGAGUGCCCUGAACAGGAAGCAUCACAACGGAGAAAAGCAUUCUUUACAGCCAGGAACCGGCGAGGUGGUGGUGAAAUUCCCUUCUUGGUGGCUGCAGUGGGAGUUGGAUCCCUGGUCAUUCUGCAAGUAGCCUCCAACACUGACAGCGAAGCUGCCAAUCCCUUCACGGAUCCUCUCUCUGCCGCCUCGUACCAGCUUAAACUCAUUGCAUUGCUCGCGAUUCUGAUCAUUGCAUCGUUCUGUUUGUUGCUCAACCCAACCAUCGGCCUGAUGAAUGCCUUCUUUUUCUUGCAAUCCACUUCCACCAUAUCUGUGGAAGGUGGUGCAUUCUACUUCUUUACAGAUGAUUCCGCAUCCUACCCCAUGGGACCUCAUUUCUCGGUGUGGUUUUACACAACAGGACUUGGCCUUGUGGCGAGUGCUUUUGGAAUCAUGGGCUUGUGGAUCUACAAUCAUUUCAUGGCCCACUGGAGGUAUCGAAACCUUCUUCUUACAUCCAACUUGCUGUGGAUUUUGGUCUCAUCUGUCAGUGUUCUUGUCUUCACCCGAAGGAACAUUGAAUGGGGCAUUCCGGAUGAUCUCUUUGUUCUUGGAGGGACAGUCUUGCAAAACGUCUUCGUUCGGUGGGCCUAUGUCCCAGGUGGCCUGCUAUUGUGUCAAGUCUGUCCUGAAGGUUUGGAAGCCACGAUGUUUGCGCUCCUUGCAGGUUGCCAAAAUCUGGGACGUUCUGUGGCUUCCAUCUUUGGAACGUAUUUGCUUGCUUAUCUCGGAGUGGAGCCAGAUGGCACCCCGCAAGAUAGCCAUUGCUUUGAUCACCUGUGGAUUGCAGCAGUCCUGCAGUCCAUUUUGCCCCUUCUCACCCUUGGUCUUUUGCCUCGAAUGAUUCCUGAUGCAUCUCAAACAGAUCAUAUUCGACUCACUCCGGAUGGCCCUGUUGGGGAUACUGGUGGACAGCUGGAUUCAGACCCAAGGUCCAGUGUGGCUCUGGCUACAAGUGGCUCUUUGUGGGGGAGACUGUGUUUGUUCCUGUCAACCUACUGGGGGCCAACCACGGCCAUAUCCGAUGCUGGUACCGGAGUCUCAUAUGGCACGUCAGCCCCCAAGGAACGCAAAGUUCGGGGCAGCACUGGUGGCAGCGAGACCUUCAGGAUGGGCAAAAUGUUUGGUGGUGCCGAGACCGGAAGGAUGGGCAAGAUGUUCUAUUCGAGAGCACGACCACAGGCCGUUGAAGGACAUGAUAUCCUGUCAACGACCCACUGGCUGCAGUAA